UGCCUGCCAGCUAACGUGGAACAUGGGCCAAGAAACAUACAUUGUGCGCUUCCUCGGCAUCCCAUAGCUCGAACAAGUGGUAAAGCGCCCACUCGACGCACUGAAUGCGCUUCUUCUGUCCACCCGCAGCAUCUUUCACCGAGAAUGUUGCUGGGGUGAUAUCUGGCCAACCUGGAUCGAGAUCGAGGUCGAUAAGACGCAGGUUCGUCAAGAACAGGGAAACAUGGGAAGUUGUGCUCGGAAUCUGUGUGGAAGAGCCGUUGAAAACGAGAUUUUGAGAGGAUGUGGCGGUAGCGGUCAAGGCAGGUUUGGGCGGCACACGUAGGGAUCUCGUGCGUGUGUGCGCAGUACUCGGCUGAUGAAUCGACAUGUCGGCAUGUUCGAAGUUCGAGGGAGUGCGCUCAAGGAUAGAAGCACCUGUCGACACGAAAUCUGCGCAGUAUCGAACCUCGAAUUGAGAUCCGACCUUGGACGACUUCAGAUUCGACGUAGCAGCCUCAGGAUGUUGUUGACUUUCAAGCAUGGGCCAGCCAAUAGGGGACUUGCGUUGAACUGUGAGCACCCCGCUUUGGUGGGGGUCUACGAUGCAACCUUCUUUAAAGUUUCCGAGUCGAUCUUUAAAACGCCUCACUUAAGCUACAGGGCAUGCCUCGGGUGCUUAUGUAGCAAGGGUCAUGACCACAGGUGGAAUUUCAAGCUCGUACCUCCAGGAGUUUUACUUUUGACUUUACCCUCGUUCGGAUUCCCUUAUUGCCGAUACCAUUGUCAAAAUCAAGAUGAUCCCGCAGUUCACUCUGAUCCGCAGCGCAGCGCCCGUCAUCCCUGAGCUCAUGUCUGCACGCGCAGCGGCUCACUUGACUCUUGAGCAUGACGAUCAUCGGUGAGGAUUAGGACAUGGCGGGAAGCUAGCCAUUCUCGGCCCGUCGGUUCUU